GCUCAAUGUUCCUUACACGCUCUGAAUACGACCGCGGUGUUUCUACUUUCUCACCAGAGGGUCGUCUCUAUCAAGUUGAAUACGCCAUCGAAGCAAUCAAACUCGGCUCAACUGCUGUCGGUAUAGCAACCAAACAUGGUGUCGUUCUCGGCGUAGAGAAGCGUAGCCAAUCCCCACUCUUACUCUCCACUUCCAUAGAAAAGAUACUAUCGAUAGAUUCUCACUUAGGCUGCGCAAUGUCUGGUUUGACUGCUGACGCACGUACUAUGGUCGAUCACGCACGCGUUGUCGGUCAGAACCACAGGUUCUCCUACGAUGAGCCACUAUUAGUUGAAAGCUGCGCUCAGAGCGUAUGUGAUUUGGCACUCAGGUUCGGUGAGGGUGUAGACGAAGACGAAAAUGAGGAGGCUAUGAUGUCACGUCCAUUCGGUGUUAGUUUGUUGCUCGCUGGUAUCGAUGAACGCGGUCCACAAUUAUACCACACUGAUCCUUCAGGUACUUUCAUGCGCUACGACGCAAAGGCUAUCGGCUCUGGUAGCGAGGCUGCCCAAACCGAGCUUCUUGACAAGUACCACAAGAACCUCACCUUAGAAGAAGCCCAGGUCUUGGUGCUUAGCGUAUUAAAGCAGGUUAUGGAGGAGAGACUAGACGAGCACAACGUACAACUCGCUCAGGUUACCACGGAGGAGAGUUUCAGAAUAAUUAAUAGGGACGAACUCCAGAACGCAAUUUUGAGAUUACCAAAUCAACAGCCAACACAGGAGCCACAACAGUGAAGACGCAUUUGUAAAAUUAUGAACAGCUAAAUUAGGUG